GAAUCUGACGUGGGCGAGUCCGGGCAGUCCGGGUAAAUCGACAUUAACCUCCGAAGAGACUUGUGAUCCGUGAGCCAGAGAAUGGACGGUCGUCGAGCGUCGCGAUCUCUGGCACUCGCGGCAUUGAUGAGCCUGCUCCUGGCCACGUACACGCCAGGCCACGUAGCCGGCUCGGGAGUGCUGCAGAUACGCGGUAUACCGGUAGCGAAGAACUCGUUGUACCGGCCUGACCGCGACUUCGAGUGCCUAGACGGCAGUCGGCUAAUAUCGUUCACCCGAGUGAAUGAUGACUACUGCGACUGUGGAGACGGCAGUGACGAGCCCGGGACAGCGGCUUGCACCAACGGUGUCUUCUAUUGCGAGAACACCGGUCACAAACCCGCCUAUAUACCGUCAUCCUGGGUGAACGAUGGUGUGUGCGACUGCUGCGACACGAGUGACGAGUACGCGUCCAGAGUGGAGUGCAUCAACAACUGCAACGAGCUGGGCCGGGAGGCCCGUUUGAUACAACAGAAAGCGGAGCAGUUGGCACGAGAGGGUAACAAACUGCGUGUAGAGCUAGUGGCCAGAGGUAAAACUAUCAAGACUGAGCACCAAUCACGUUUGGCCAAGCUGAGAACGGAUUACACAGAAGCGGAGUUGAUCAAAAAGGAAAAAGAGCUGUUGAAGAAGCAGGCAGAGGAACUGGAGAGCAUAGCACUCGAAAAGUACAAACCUACCGAAACAGAACAACCGGCAACUGAAGAGGCCGGCGGAGAGGAAGAAGAGGAAGACGAGGACUUGAGUGUUUCCGAAGUGGAAGAUUAUUUUAAAAUAUUGGACUCGGACUCCAGCGGUACGAUAACGAUAGUGGAACUACAAACCAGAGCUACGUUUGACAAGAACAGAGACGGUGUUGUGUCAGAGGAAGAAGCGCUGUAUUUCCUUGGUGAUAAGGAAGUCACUUUGCAACAGUUUACAGAUAAUGCUUGGGCAAACAUCAAGCCUUUCUUGAUGUUGGAACAAGGUAUAUUCAAAGCAGCAAAGGAAAGAGGAGAGAUCAGUGAUCAUCAGCAGCCUACUGAAGACUUGGAUCACGAGAAGGAAGAAGAGGUUUUUGAUAAAGAAGAAGAGGAAGUACCUGAGGAGGAACACGAGAAGGAAUCACCAGAACCGGAAGUUCAGUAUGACGAGGAGACGCAGGCACUUAUCGAUGAAGCUACUAAUGCUCGCGAACGUUUCCAGGAAACAGAGAAGGCCAUCAAUGAAUUACAGUCGGAAAUUAGACAAUUGGAGGAGAAGCUGGGUCGUGAUUAUGGGCCUGAAGAGGUGUUUACAUCGCUUGAUGGCGAGUGCUUCGAGUACGCGGACUUGGAGUACAUUUACAAAUUGUGUCUGUAUGCCAUGGCGACCCAAAGGUCCAAAUCCGGUGGUAGCAGCGUCAAUCUGGGCCACUGGAACGAAUGGGUCGGAUCGACUGGUGCCAAAUAUACUAAGAUGAAGUACGACCGAGGCCUUACUUGUUGGAACGGCCCAGCGCGUUCCACGAUUGUCACUCUCUCGUGCGGGACGGAAAACAAGCUCAUAUCGGUAACGGAGCCGAGUCGCUGCGAAUAUGCCAUGGAAUUCUCCACGCCGGCACUUUGCAAUCCUAAUGCAGCAGAAACCGCCGACAAGCACGAUGAACUGUAAACUCGUGGAUUUGUAUAGUAAAAUGAAAACGCGAUUAGUCGCACAUACAAUGUGAACGUCAGGCACUUAAGCUCUUUCGCGAGAUGCGAAUAUCGAGUUGCAAGGACCGAUAAGAAAUAACGUUGAAAUAAAAAAUCUAUUUCUUGCAAGUAUUUCCAACGCAAUCGCGAUUAGUAAUGUAGCUAGUAUUCUUCAUUGUUUCAAUGGAUAUCUGUCCUCUGGUUGGGACCCAAUACUUUUCGUUUUUGUUUCCAGAAUAGCUAUAGCAGUCAUUACCGUUUAGCAUUUAGGUGAUGGAGUUCCUCAGAAAUUUUGAAACGCUAUCGGUUGUCGUACCUUUUUAGUAUCAAAAUUUGUACUCUUUUAAAGACGAAAUAAGAUCACUACCAUGGAUAAAAUACAUUAUCAAU